AGAGCAGAGCAGACUGAACCAAGUGAAGUGAAGAUGUCUAAUUCUACAGUGAUACCUGCGUUUUUAGUAUCUUGGCUACAAAUUAUUGCACCCCAGCCUUGCUAUGAUGAGUUAUUCGUAAAUUUCAACUUCUUUCACGUUGCCUGUCUGAAAGUGAUUAUAAGUAAAUGUCUAGGUUUUGCACUCAUAGCAGGAUCAUGUAUAGUAAAACUACCUCAAGUUAUAAAGAUUAUAUCAGCAAAAAGUGCGGAAGGGAUCAGUAUGCCCGCUGUUACCCUAGAAAUAGUAGCAAUAACUUCAAGUCUUGCUUAUGGAUAUGCUAAUGGUUUCCCAUUUAGUGCAUAUGGUGAAGCUGUUUUUCUAGCCAUACAAACUGGUUUGAUAGCAUUCUUUGUUCUACUGUUUGCUGGUAAGUCGAUGCAAGCUGUAACUUAUAUAGCUGUCUAUGGAGGAUGUGUAGCUUAUUUAUUAUCAUCAGCAGUUCCUAUGUCUUUGCUACAAACCUUACAAGCUAGUGUAUCAGGCAUUGUAGCUAUCAGUAAGAUGAUACAGGCUUAUGCCAACUAUACAAAUGGUGGUACAGGACAAUUAUCAGCUAUAACCGUAUUUCUCUUAUUUCUUGGUUCCAUAGCUAGAAUAUUUACAUCUAUACAAGAAACUGGGGAUAAAUUAGUUAUUUUCUCAUAUAUUAUAUCAACACUGUUUAAUGGUCUUAUUGCCGCCCAAAUAGUGUAUUACUGGAAUACUAAACCAAAGAAAGAAUAAGUAAUAUAAUUAUGGAAAUAUUUGCUCAUACACAGGCUUAUUCCUGGCUAUUAUUUUUGUGUCUAUAACAUUGACUUUUUUUCCUUUAUUGAUAUGUCAUAUUCAGGUCAAUGAAAUAAUUUGCUUUGUAAGAUUUUUUGCACAGUUUAACUUUGUCUUAUUUUGGCGCCAUGCAUAAUAAUAUAUUGUGCAGACAGUGAUUUUCGCAAUAAAUCUGAAUCUUGAAGGACGAUCUCAAUUCUGUUUUCAAUCCAAAGCAUCAACAUAGACAAGUGGAUGGAUUCCCAAUCUAGUUUUCAGAAUGUAAAAUUGAUAGGAAGGAAACAAGACAGAAUCUCAAGAUGAAGAUAAUCUAGAUUCAGAUUUAUUAAGUCAAACCUAUUAUUUGAGAAACAUAUUUUUAUUAAAUUUUAGAGCACAGUGGUUUUUAUAAACAAAUAAUAUAUAGUAAAUAGGAAUCUAUAUAUUUAAAGUUUUAAAAAGUUGAAAUACUAUUUUUAUCUCAUCAAAAUUACUUUAUAAGAGCCGGGUAAACAAGUGACUAUCUACAGGGCAAAAUCUUCCAUAAAAUAACUUAGUACGCCAUCUGGGGUUUUUUUUCACUAUAGUUUUAUGAAAUGUUUACUGAGAGGAUUAAUUUACGCUAGUAUACCCUGUGAUAUUUGGCAUUCCAGUGUACAAAAAGGCAAUGAAUACGCACUACUGAUUUGACUGAGACUGCUGGCAUAAUGCAGUUAAAAAUUGAUUUUUGGCAUGAUGGUAGGCUGUACAUUUAAUGAAAAUCAACAAGGCUAUUAAACAUAAGAACAAGGGGUAAAAAUUAAAUGUCCCUGACAUGUAUGUCCAACUCUAGCAGCCAUACACUCCAUGACUGCUAUGGGAUCCUUCUCCAUUCACCAUUGUAAUUCUGCUUCCAGUGGCCUCUGGAAUUAAUGUAAUGGCACAUGUUCAGUGUCAAAUCUAGGAGUUAUAUUAACACUAGCUUUUUAAGAAACACAUUUUAUACCUCAUGUCUUCAUAAAGUGAUUUUCAACAUUCCCAUCCUGUCAAAUUAAAUAAAUUCUUGUGUUUGAGAGGACUGAUCUGUUGUGAUACGAUUAUGCGAUCAUGAAAACAUUUUCAUAUGUUACGGACCUACCAUAUAUCACAUUCAGAUUUUCAACAUUAAGUUGCAUCUCUGAAAUGAGAUUUACAAUUAUUCAUUUAUAAAAGUUGUGCCUUUUCAUUGCAUCUGAGUAUAUAUGAUUGUCCAUUGGAUCAUACAGCAUUUGAUAUAUACUAUUCAAAAAAAGUAGGGGAUAUUUGAUUUUUAAGUGUUAUUAAAGUCACCUAAUGAAACUGACGAAGAAACAAAUGACAAAAUGAAAUGAAGUUCACAUUCAUCGAUUUAUUCCAAAUGAUCGUUAGACUAAGUAAGGCACAGACUGACCAUUAUAAGGGUAAAAUGAUACCCGGGGUCAAACAGCAAAGUUACCACAGCAUCACAACCAAGUCAGUAACGGGUAAAUCCUCCUCUGUUUGCCAAACAAGCAUUGAUCCGACGUGGCAUACUCCUAAUGAGACGUCUAAGGUCAUUUUGGUCCAGAUUGUCCCAUUCCUGUUGCAACGCAGCAGCAAGUUCUUGGACAUUGGCAGGACGUUGUUGACGUUGACGUAACCUCUGUCCAAGCAUGUCCCAGACAUGCUCGAUGGUGGAGAGGUCGGGACUCAGUGCUGGCCAAGGUAAUGUGGUGAUGUUCUGUUGUUGGAGGUAACCUGUAACGAUCCUGGCCCUGUGACAUCUUGCGUUGUCAUCCUGGAAGAUGAAACGGCGGCCAUGACGUCGUGCGAACGGCACAACAUGGACUGCCAAGAUGUUGUCCCGGUAGUACUGGCCUGUAACACGCCCUGCAACAACAUGUAAAGCCGUUCUUCCAGCAACAGUGAUGCCUCCCCACACCAUAACAGAACCACCCCCAAAUCGAUCAUGUCUGAUGACGUUAACGUCUUGGAAGCGCUCGUUUCGACGACGCCACACCCUCCUACGUCUGUCCAAAAAAUCAACAGUGAACCUUGACUCAUCUAAAAACAUCACAUUGCUCCAGCGUCGAUUAUCCCAGUGUUGACGAUCCCUACACCAACGACGUCUUGCCUGAAUGUGAUGAUCUCUCAAACAAGGGAUCACGCGAGGACGUCGGGCGCGAAGGUGACCCCUAUGCAGUCGAUUCCGAAUCGUCUGGCCACUCACUCUCACACCAGUGUCUGUUUGAAGACGAGCGCUGAUCUGAUUUGCUGUGAUGACACGAUUUCUCAAGGCCAAGGAACGGAUAAAUCGAUCCUGGGCUUGAGUUGUCGCCCUUGGUCGACCUGAGCGUGGUCUGUCCUGUACAGAUUGUGUAUCACGGUAUCUGGACCAUAGCCUGCUUAUGACAGACUGAGAAACAUUCAUCGUCCGCGCCACAACCGCCUGUGUUGUGCCGAUCUGUAGCAUGCCAAGGGCACGUAACCUUUCAUUUUGGGUAAGCCGAUGCAUAUCAAAAUUUGUUUUCUGGUCACUAAAACAAUUAAACUGAUGUUUCCACCCUGGAAUUCAAUGCCACAAUGACUGUAACAUUCAAAGUCAGAGUCGUGCAAAUCUUGGGUUGGACCCCCAUGAUGAUCCCAAGCAUCACCUGCAUUCCAUGCGGUAGCUAUUGGUGCGUUUGGGCGUCACAUGUAACUGGAAAUGUUUCUUCUGUUAGGUUCUAUAGUGACUUUUUUCGUAGUCAUUUGCAUAUUUUAGUAUUAUGCCCCCAAAAUCAAAUAUCCCCUACUUUUUUUGAAUAGUAUAUAUGAUUGCCCAUUGGAUCAUACAGCAUUUGAAAACUUGCUGGGUGAAAUUCAUAGCCAUUCAUUUUAUAGGAAGGGGACAAUAUAAUUUGUUUCACAUGGAGGAAUAAUUAGAUUUUUAUCAAAGUUUUGUGUUCAUGUAAACCAUCAGUAAUCUUAUUUUUGUGUUCUGAUUCAACAUAUUUUUAAUAUGUUAUAAAUUCAUAAUUUUAUUUACUUGUACAUACCACAAAUCUGUUGAAAUUCCACAUGCGUUAUUAUUUGAUUAGAUAGUUAUUAAUCUUGAGGAUAUUAUUUUUGAGGGGGGUUGGAUGGCUGAAUGGUUAGCGUGCGCGCGCUGUAUCAUAAAGUCUGUCAUUGAGUCGACUGGCAUGGUUUCGAAUUCCCAUUUGUACGUGACAAGGAGUAGGGUAGCCUGUCCAACCUCGUGGGUUUCCUCUCACUGCUAAAGACCCCUAUGCGCAAGCGAAUUAUUGAAAUAAAAUUGAACCCUGUUAGUCCCGAAAUGACCUAGUUUGUGUCUAGUGGACAUUAAACCCCAUUUCUCUCUCUCUCUCUCUAUUAUUUUUGAAAUAUGAGAUUUGAAAUUUGAAAUUUAAAUGAAUGUGACUGCAUCAGUAAUUCCACAACUCUCCAUCUAGCAAUUCAACAAACAUUUACUGUUUUGUAUAAUUGGAUUUAGCUUUAAACUAUUAUGAAGGUUCAGAGAAAAUUUCUGUGAUAGGAGGAUUGAAUGACAAGUUUUCCUGAAGCUACUAGUUAUUGACACUAACCAUAGUCAUCAUAACAAAUUAUUUUAAUCAAUCUACGGCUAGUCUUGUUGUUAUAUUCACUAAUGAAGUAUUAUGAUUACUGUUAUGAUCUAAAGAAAUGUUUUAGUAUGUACAUACUUGUGUGUAUAAUAUAUGCAACAAAUUUAUUUCAUGAUCAAAAGUCUGUUUAAAGGAUUAAAGACUAUUUUCAAAGUGA